UCUGUUUCCGCUUCCGCUUCCCCAGUCAGACAACACACCAACAACAAACAUCAUUCCUCCUUUUCACAAACAUAUCCAACAUGUAUUCUGAUAUUUCAGGGGAAAUAUGAGGGGUUUUGUAUUUCUAUUGCCUGGAUGAUUUUUACCGUGUUUUUUUCCUCAAGAGAGUGUGAAGGUUUUUACUUCGUCAUCCAAAGUUUGCUGCUACUGCUUAGCACCUUGUGAACUUGACAGAAGCUGCAAGCUGCUAACAACAGGGUAGUUGGGCAGGGAUGUAGUCGUUCAGCCCCCCAGGCUCACCCCGAAUCUACCUAAUAAGCAGAGCUCCGAGUCAACAAUCGCUGUGAUGGAUGAGGACACACCCACUCUCAAACCUCGACGGAUCCAGAAUCAGAAUGUGGUUUAUCGUCUUGAAAUGCGUCGGAUCUGCUCAGGCCAUCCAGGAGCUCACUGGUACAGAGUACGCUGCUUCCACCAGAACCUGUUCCCCAACUUUACUGUGGUCAACGUGGAGAAGCCUCCCUGCUUCCUGAGGAAGUUUUCACCUGAUGGUCGUUGCUUUAUCGCCUUCUCAUCUGACCAGACAUCUCUAGAGAUUUAUGAAUACCAGGGCUGCCAAGCAGCUCAGGACCUGCUGAGAGGUCAAGAGGGUGAGACCCUUGCAACAGCCAACGACCAGCGCUCCCUCAACAUUCGAGGUCGCCUUUUUGAACGUUUUUUCUCCUUGCUCCAUGUCACUAAUGUGGCGUCCAAUGGAGAGCACCUCAACCGGGAGUGUAGCCUCUUCACCGACGACUGCCGUUACGUCAUCGUUGGCUCGGCCGUGUACGUCCCCGAGGAGCCACCACCAUACUUCUUUGAGGUGUAUCGCAACAAUGAAUCAGUAACUCCAAAUCCUCGGUCUCCUUUGGAAGACUACUCUCUCCAUGUUAUCGAUCUCCACACUGGCAGGCUGUGUGACACCAGGUCCUUCAAAUGUGACAAGGUCAUCCUGUCCCACAACCAGGGACUCUACCUCUACAGAAACAUCCUUGCUGUGUUAUCCGUCCAGCAGCAAACCAUACAUGUCUUUCAGGUGACUCCAGACGGAACAUUUUUGGAUGUAAGGACCAUUGGGCGGUUUUGUUAUGAGGACGACCUCCUGACUCUAUCAGCCGUUUACACAGAGGCUCAGGCUGAGGGCCAGCUGGGCUUCCCACGUCUCUACACGGACAAAACCAUCAACUCUCUCAAGCACAGGCUUCUGGUGUACCUUUGGAGGAGAGCUGAGCAGGAUGGCAGUGCUACUGCCAAGAGAAGAUUUUUCCAAUUUUUUGAUCAGCUAAGGCGACUCAGGAUGUGGAAGAUGCAGCUGCUGGAUGAGCAUCACCUCUUCAUUAAAUACACAAGUGAAGACGUGGUUACUCUCAGGGUCACAGACCCCUCACAGCCAUCAUUCUUUGUCGUGUACAACAUGGUGUCUACAGAGGUGCUGGCCGUCUUUGAGAACACCUCCGAUCAGCUGCUGGAGUUGUUCGAGAAUUUCUGUGACCUGUUCAGAAAUGCCACGCUGCACAGCCAGGCCGUCCAGUUUCCCUGCUCAGCUUCCUCCAAUAACUAUGCCCGGCAGGUCCAAAGAAGAUUCAAAGACACAAUUGUAAAUGCCAAGUAUGGGGGCCAUACUGAGGCGGUGCGUCGGCUGCUGGGUCAGCUACCCAUCAGUGCACAGUCCUACAGCAGCAGCCCUUACUUGGACCUGUCACUCUUCAGCUACGAUGACAAGUGGGUUUCUGUCAUGGAGAGGCCCAAAACCUGCGGGGACCACCCAAUCCGGUUUUAUGCACGUGACUCCGGCCUACUGAAGUUUAAGAUCCAGGCAGGCCUGCUUGGUCGGCCGGUAAACCACGCUGUAAGGCGUCUCGUCGCUUUUACCUUCCACCCCUUCGAGCCCUUCGCCAUUUCUGUCCAGCGCACAAAUGCUGAGUAUGUGGUCAACUUCCACAUGAGGCAUGUGUGCGCGUGAGGACUGGAGACUUUGCUUUUUUACUGUACACACAUACCAAAUUAGGAGUACUCUUCUUUCAGCGUUCACUUCACUUCACCUCUGCUCCCCUUCAUAGUUUGCUUCCACUUUGCUGCCUCUUUUGCCAAACAACAAGGAGGAGGGGCCGCAGUCAGUGCUGGUAAGAACUGUGCAUCCAAUUGUUUAUCAGUCGCUCACAUGGAAGAAAAUACCUUUUAAUAGUAAUCAAUUGUUGUUUUUUACUCUAUUAUUAUGUAUUAUUGUUUGUAUAUAUUUUAUGCCAAUAAAAUGGUCGCUUUUUUUCAGUA